AUGAGUACCCAAAAACGCCACAGUCGACGAAAAAGUAUUCAAAAUAGUGAUCCAGGAAAGAUUUUGGAUUUAGUCAUGAGUUUAACCGAUGACGGCGGAGCGCAACUACAAGUGAAAAUUAAUUCGUAUUUGCAUGAAGAAUGUGAUGCAGAGGCGGUAUUGCAAAUUGUUGUACAUAACGCCGGUAUGGAAGCCUCUAUAGACGCUGUUGAUUCUGUAGUGUUACAACGGAAAAGUAAAAUUUGCUACAUACAAAGAGAUAACACCAAGAAACGCGUGAUAAUGUUCCCCGUGACGGAUAAGCCCUUCUCGGUGGUGGUGUGUGUGAUCGCCGCGAAGGUUCUGGAAGAAAACGUCGCUGUGCUCAUUCAUGAGUGUUUCUUAUUCGCCUGGCCAGUUCUGAAGAAAACUAUAGCUUUGGAGUACGAAUGCACACUGAAACAAAAAUGUCAGCAACUACUACGUGUUGCGCGACGUCUGUUCACUCAAGUCGCGUCUUUAGAGACGUUACUCCAAAUAGCAAUGGACCAAGCGAAGCAGUUGACGAAAGCUGAAUAUUGUUCAGUUUUGUUAAUCGACAUGGAACGCAUGGAGUUGGUUCAGAGGAUAUCUAAUUCUUCUACUGAGGAAGACAGAGAGGUCUCAGAGCGUCGUUUUCCCAUGAACAUAGGAAUAACUGGCCAAGUGAUAAGUACUGGGUCGCUUAUUAAUUGCAAAAAUGGUAAAGAGCACCCAGCAUUUAACCCGCAAGUGGAUUGCUAUCCUGGUGUUGAAUGCAAAUCGAUCCUAUGUUUCCCAAUCCGUGAACAAACCGGCAUAAUCGGUGUCGGUCAGCUAAUAAAUAAAAUCAACGAUCCAUACUUCGACACUAUGGACGAGGAAAUGGCUCUAGCGUUCAGUAUCUAUUGUGGUGUGUGUAUCAUGCAUUCUGUGGUGUAUCAGAAGAUACAGGAAGCGCAUAUUAGAAAUGCGCUAGCUAAUGAACUGGUUAUGUACCAUAUGAAGGUUGGUGAUACCGAAGUGGCUCGACUUCUCGAAUGUUCUGGUUUCCACAGCCACCCGCAUCUCACGAGCUUGCAUUUUAAUAUCCGAGCGUUGCCCUUACGAGAGUUGCCGUGCUAUGUGUUGAAGAUGUUCUCUGAUCUUGGUUAUGAUAAAAGGUUUAACUUGAAGAAACACAAACUGGCUCGAUUCAUUUUGCACGUAAAGAAAGGGUAUAGAGAUGUGCCCUACCACAGUUGGCUGCACGCUUUCAACGUAGCGCAAUGGGCUUAUGCCGCGUUGGUUAAUUAUAAGUUGGUCCAACAGGGGUAUUUUAGUGAAUUACAAGGCCUGAUGUAUUUAAUAGCCUGUCUUGUACAUGAUAUGGACCAUAGAGGUACAACUAACAGUUUUCAAAUACAGGGACAAACGACACUAGCCGCGCUCUACUCGAGCGAGGGCAGCGUCAUGGAGCGGCACCAUCUCGCGCAAGCGAUGUGUGUGCUCAACACAGAAGGGUGCGACAUUCUAGAUGCUUUGCCACGAAGGGACUACGAUAGGGCUAUCAUGAUGUUACGGGACUAUAUUCUGGCUACGGAUUUGGCUAAUUACUUCAAAAACCUGAACGAGUAUCGAGCGAUAUCGUUGGAUUUCCAAAAGGGCAACCGUAGUCACGUCAGCGCGUUGCAGUCGCUCCUGAUAAAUGCAGCGGACCUCAGCGAUCAGCUCAAGGAUUGGGGCUGCGUUAAGAAAACUGCUGCAGCGGUAUUAAGCGAGUUCUUUAAACAAGGUGACGUAGAGAAGAGUAGGGGGGAUCUCCCCCCCAGCAUUAUGGAUAGAGAGAAAUGCUUCAUACCGGAUUUGGAGAUACAGUUCUUGACUACCACUUGUAUACCUUUGUUUGAGGUUUUGGGUCGAAUUAUACCAAAAGCAGCAAUAUGUUUAAAAAUCCUUGAGAAUCACAUGGAGAGAUGGGACGCAGCGAAACCUGUUUUUGCUGAGGUGCCAAUAACAGCCGGUCUAUCCGUUUUAUUAAGUCCAGAAUUGGAUGUUUUAAUUGAACAGAAUCUCAAAGAGAAGGAAAGGCUGAGACUUGAAGCCGAAGCUGAACACAAUGCUUGAAUUGAGUAUAAUUGUAUAACUUUUAGACGUAAUUUUACUGUUGGAAUUGAUGUUAAUCGUGUGUGUUAAAUAAAUAAUUUUAAAUACU